UCAGGAUAGGAAGAGGUAAAACUGCAACAAUCCGAUUGGAAGAGCAAAAAGGAAUUAGAUAAACACUUGAAGACAUUUUAAGCAUUGGAGUAAUUGAUGUUGCUUUCAAUAAGUGUGCAAUAACACAUCUGAACGGUUUGAUUAAAAAUACUUUAAAAUGUGGAAGAUUUUCAAAGAUGCUGUGCUGGGAAGGCACUGCACCUUUAAGAGCUUUGAUUAUACGUCUUUUCUUCACGUACGGAACUUGCAGUGUUUUAAAAAAAAAUAAGUUAGCCCAGAGUGAAAAGGGCAACGAUGUUUUGGGUUAAUAUAUUCCUGUGGGUAUGUUUUUAUUUAUGGACAGAAUUACAAUAGUUCCGUGUUUAAAUUGCUAAGGUUUGUAGUGGGAAAGUUGUGCUGAGACUGCGCCCAUUCUUUGCCUGAACGUAGUAUAGCUCAGGAGCUGGAGUCGUCACAUCUCCUGAAAGCAGGAAGAGACGGAGACUGAAACUGGCGAUCCCUUUCUGCCGAGCGAGAGCUGCGAGUCAAACUCUCCGGGUGCCUAUUCGGAGCCCACUUGUAACCAAAUUAGGCUAUUUGUGUCUUUCACACUGACCAGGAAGGGCCGAUGCUUAGAGGUAGAUUUUAUUUUGAGAAUUAAGCGAGUAAGAACAUUCGUCUUGUUGGUGUCAAUGAAUUUCUAAGCAAACUAAGAAGUCACGAUGAGUUCUGCAGUCGACAACAAUCAGAGUCGCCUGCAAGGAGUAACUCCGGCUGAUGGAAUUCCGACUGCUUCAUCUUCCUUAUGGAAUUGGAAUUAUUGGAUCAGCUGUUUCAUCCGGGAGAAAGUUUGCAUUUCCUUCGCGCUCUGGGUUUUAUCGAUGUUAUUUUGGGCAAUCGCUCACAUUAUGCUCUUUUAUUGGCGCUGCAAAUGGAGAACAUGGAGAGAAGCAUCUUUGUCUUGUACCAUCUAUACUUUUUUGGGAGAUAUAUGCAACAUGUUUGGUGCGCUUCUAGCAAAACAGCUGAAUAUUCAGGUUUUUACAGCAGCUUAUAUCGCAGCAGUGGAUAUUCUUCAAUUUAUACUAAUCCUGUUUCCUGUGUGUGGUUCAAGAUCCAGAUCAAAAACAGAUCGGCCAAGACAAAGGAAUAAAAGAAGAAGAAGUGCCAUGUUCAUGGCUUGCUUUCCUUUCGCAAUGGGCACAAGUUACUACUUCUGGACUUCUCCUGUUCCUCAAGUGGAUAUUCGUGGACCAAGAAGGAGACUGCUUACCACACUACUUCAGGAUAACACAGAAAUCAUUGGCUAUGCGCUGGGGGUGAUUGCAGUUUUUAUUGCCUGGACGUCAAAGUUUCCUCUGAUACUAAAGGCAUCUCAGGGGAAGAUUGAUUGUAUUCUUGAGAAAUGGGCCCUAAUGCUUUCAAUUCCAGGGGGCUUACUGUAUGCUGCUGCCGCUCUGGCACAUGAGAAAACUCCUGCGUUUAUCUUGCAAGCUUUACCCUGGCUGCUUAUCUUUCUGGGUGGUGCAGCUAUAGAUCUUUCUAUACUGUUCUUAUCAUGUUUACUAAAACAUAAAGCUAAUCGCCAGCAGUGGGGUUUGGAGGUGGUAAUAGAAUCCGAUACUCUUUCUUUGUUGGAAUCUCCUGAACAAGAUGUGGAAGAAGAGGAGAUUCAAGAAGAAACACAGAGUUCAAACUGGAUGCCACUGAACAUACCUCAGAAUAACAGAUAUUUGCGCAAAAUGGCAGAAAUAGGCCACUAUAUGGAUUUGAGCAUUGAACCAGUACAAGAGAUUGGAUUUGGUGUUAAGAGAUUACCUGGAGAUGGACAGACUUGUACAGAGAGAGGAAAAAGAGUGGAUGUCCAGUUAGUCCAUGAUCCCCCAAUGUACCCUCCAAAACAAGUUAUUCACGCAAAUGUAUCCUCGUGUAGCUCGUCAGAUGUUACUUCCAUAAACUCUGAACUGGAGCAAAAGUACUUGGAAGCCUUAAACUCAGAACAGUGGGACUUUGAAGACGUUCCUCAAGAAUGGAAAAUAACUGGAAAGCAACAAGAACAUAACCUAAACCACUGUCCAGAUCAUAAUCCAAUGAUCAGCAUGAACAUUUUCCCUAACAGUAUUGCUUCAAGUACACCAUCAACUGAUGUUUGGCUUUCUGACACUGAAACAUUGAUGACUGAAGAACGAACCUCUGCAAUUUUGGCUCAAUAUGAGGAAGAGGUCAAUAGGACUGGACGACGAGAAGCAAAGUCUUUAUUAUCUUGAUGUAAUUGUGAAAUUUUUUUUUACAUUUUUAAAUAAAAAGGUAUGUGUCAAAAUAUA